AUGUCUGACCUGAUGCGAAACUGGAUCCUCCCCUUGAUAAAGGAUGAGCUCACGCUCGUAGUAGAAAACUUCCCUCUGUCCUCUACCCGUGACCGGGAAGGACAUAUGGGUAGUUGUCGUUACCAUGGAUGCGGUUUCACGGUGCACCUGGGAGCCGGGAAGCCCGUCCAAGUCAUUGAUCUCCACGGAAACCACGCCUUUAAUGUCACUGUAUCAGAUGGAAUGACCUCCAUCCAAGCUAAGAUACACGAUCGAAAUCUGACAGACAUCGCCCUAGGAUCCGUCAUUGCUGUGAACCGUUACAACCUGCCGAUCACCAUUUGGAAUCAAAGCACGAUUGGAUCCCUGGUGGGUAAGCUCAGCGACUUGUUUGAUGGUGGUGAAACACAGCCAUCGUUCAGAUCUGACUCUGCCUCUCCCCUUCAACUCCAGGAGCUUUGUGGAUCUGUAGAAAUCAUGCCUCUAGCAAUGGCAUCUACUAGUCAAAUCCCUUUUGCAACUCAGAUGCAAAAUCAAACAAAGAGGAAACGGGACAUGGACAACGAGGCCAGGGCUUCGAACAAGGAACAGCUUUUAGGUGUUCUAAUGAAGAAAUGGAAGCAAAAACCCGCAGUUUGGCAGGAUGAGAGUACCACCAACGGAGUAGCACAAGGAGCCUUGGAAGCAUUGGGCCCCAAGGCCGAUAAGCCGGCGGUUUUGUCACAAGUUUCAGCAGACAAACUUUUGCGCAUAUCAUCCGGAAUCGAUGCGAACGCCAACGUGCGGCAAAGCCAAGUGUCCCUAUCCUCGCAAUCAUCAUUUAGUUCCAGCAACCCAAAGGCUCUGUCUUUGACGGCGGACAGCCCCUACCAAAUAGCACUUCCAGCUGUGGCUUCCUACGACAGUGAAAAGGAAAACAGCCUAGAGAGCCUAAAGCCGGCAACGGUUUCUGUCCGUGUCUCUAAAUCCAAUAGUCCAAGUCCUGCUCUGGAUGGCGAACCUAACGAGGCACCAAUGCAAGUAGUUGGCCCAUUUUUCGGUGAUCCGUUCGCAGGGAUGAGACGAGUCCCCCGAAGAUAUGUGCAACUAUCGAAGGCCCAAAAAGAACUCUUAGCGCGUCAAGAUUCUUGGUUCAAGCCGGGCAUGGACUCACGAGCUUCAUAUGCUAUCACCCCAGCCCAAGUCCAAGAAGACCUAAUUACAUUUAUAACUCGAGUAUCGGGCCAAGGCUCGGUGCGCCAAAGUCAAGAUAUAGAUACAGGAAGUGGCGAAUCAGAAACUAGUCAUGAAUGUGACAACGAAGUGCACGAGGAGAAUAGCGAGGACUAUCACAGUUCGAUGAACAACGAGAAUUUCGGCAUCAGUGAUAGCCACAGAAGCAACGAGAACGUAUCACAUUCCCUGGACAGUCCCCUCAAUUUGGAGUCAACUUCGCCUGGCAACUCCCCCGCAUUGCCAAGUUCCGGGUUAGAACGAAGCUAUGCCACUCCUGCAAAAGCUGGGACGGACAAUCGGUCCCCGACGGAGCAUAAAAGCAGUGGAAGGGGGUGUAGCCCAUGGUCCUCAAGUCCGGAAAUGCACCUCACUCAUACACUAGCUGGUUUGGAUAGACGACUAUUUCCACUUUUGGACGACACGGAGCAGUGCAAUGAUCCGGAAGGGCAUACAAAUGUGGGAAUGUCGCCCGGAAUGGCAAGUAUUCCAAGACUGGCCCGCUCGUCUGGUGGAGUAUCUCUGGAAAAUUCCCGACCAUGUCAGUCAAAACGAGUGCCCGUCGUAUUUUCAAGCAGCCCUGCAGCUGAGGAGGAACUUGAACUAGACGUGCUGCAUGCGAUAGGUGAAGCCCCCGAAUAUAACGAGGAGGAUACAGUACAUAUCACGGAAAUGCCCGAAAACCCACCUUCAACCGCAUUACAAAUCCCGAUGCUAGUACAAGUAGAACAAACCCCUGCUAUCAAAACAUAUAACGACAACCACGACCCAUCCUGCUCAGGCUCGGCUGCUAGAGUAUUAAAACAAAGAAAGCGGCACCCCCAGCUCUCAUCAGAUCCCAUUAUUCCUGCCACGUGCGAUGAUUCUUCCAGUAUUCAACCUGAGGUUUUGAGCUCGGAGCAUACGAACGCUGUUAGGGAGUCUAUAGCUACUGUCCAGCAGCUAGGUAGGGAGCCCCGAGACACUUUUUCGAAGAGGAGUGACGAAACAACCGAUGAUGUGGGAGGUACAUAUGAAGAUUGCCCGACAAAACAAAUUCCAGCGAGAUUGGAAUGCUCACCUAUCCAAGACGGUACAACUCGGACGGCACAAACCAUGACCGCCUUCUGCCUGGGGAAAGAUGUAAAGCCCGGUGGUUUCAGUACCCAUAGUAGCAAGGAUUCGCUUCCUCCACAUGACCUUGCGUGCGAAUCAAAUUCUCCUCAAGCCAUUACUACACUCCCGGGCCUGAUUUCGGCUAGCAAAGAACGGGCUGUCCGCCAGAAUUCACCAUCGCCGGUGCACCCCUUGAAGCGAGGUACCGAAACUCUUGAUAGAGAUCCUCAACUUGCUGGUAUCAAGCGACGACGUCGUAUGCAAGCGGUUUCAGCCAUCGUUCUUGAAGAACCCGCGGAAUUGGAUACAAAAGCUAUGGCCAGAGCUAGUAGACAUAUGUUCAACAACCAGCUUGUCGCAAUUGAGCCACUUCGUUCCCUAAACCGGAGACGACCGGACUCUGAGCCUGACAGUGAAAAAGCCCCCCAUGAACUUCGGCCAGCAACUCCAUCCACACGAAAUUCUUCUGCGAAACAGGUCUCAGGCGUACUUUCUUGUUCGGGAACCCUCCAGUCAACUAAAUCGAAAGCACAAACGGUGUCAGAGACUCUUAUAGAAGUACCGCAACCGGCUUCCAUCGCUGAGCGUACAGUAGGAGAAAGAACGCCGAGUGCCCCUAUUGAAGGAACCGAAUCAGUUGACCCCUUGACUCUCACCGAAAGCGGGCUCAAUUCCUUAACAGAUGCAGAUAUCUAUACCAGAUUCAAAGCAUCUUAUCCUGACUUCGCUGGGAGUCGGAGAGCUUUCACUUGGGCAUUGGUGUAUGUGGAAUGGCUACGGAAGGCGAAACAGCUUUUGCACCGGUCAUUGUGCGACGACUUUAUACGGGUAAUUUCUUCUGACUAUGUUGAAUAUGUCUCCAACAUUCGGUCCACCGGCGGAGAAGCCAUGACAGGCUGGUCAUUUUAUGACGAGACCGUGGUACAGCAAAAAUACUCUCGAGGAAUAAUUUCUCCUAGUAACUUACAAGACGCUUUAGCUACACUAGAGCAAGAGGAAGUCCAAAGGAUUCGUCGGCAGUUCAAUCAGCCACGUGUGACGGACCCUACACAAUCACGCGAGAAGGAAGUAUCGACUUCUCCGCAUCCUAAGCAACAGCAGGUCACUGUUGUGAGAGGAAGUACAAGCAAGUCGACCAGACGCCGUCUGCCAUGGUCAAAUACCACCCCCCUUUCAACCUCAAACGAGGACUUGCGAGGCCCGAAAGGGAGAAGUGCAACAUCGACACCCUCACCUCUCUUGCGCCACAAAUUCUCUGAAUUAUCGCAAAAGUCUAAAUCCUUUGUGGUACACAGGGGUGCAAAUAGGCCACGCUCACCUGUGCCUGGGAACGGAUCAGAACCACCCUCUACGAAACCAAGUAAGACACGUCGAGUAGAGUCUCGUACAUCACCGUCACCUGACCCAACCCAGUUCAGGACACGGUCACAAUCAGCUUCGAAUGACGCGUCAUCGAGAAAAGGUGGCCAAGGGCAUACAAUAGAUGGCAUUACUAAAGUGAAGGGAUGGCUCAAUGCUAGAGUUGAGGCAGAAACAGAGCCGCCUUCCUUUAUGACGUUCAUCAAGCGUCGGAAGUCGAGCGGUGGCUUCUUGUCCAACAAAUCCACGCCUAGUUCGACCCCGGAGAAGAGAUUUUGCACCAAGGCAAAACAACCUAUAGCCGAGCUCAAGGAGCCUGAAACUCAAGCAUGGGAAGUUCUAAUGUAG